UCCACGACGGUAGCUGUGACUGCUGGGGUGGUAUUGCUGUCCACUGUGGGCAUAAUUGUAGCCCUCUAUCUAGGCAAGAAGAAGAAGCCUCCAGUCACCUUGCUUGACUCUACUAAAAAAUACCAGCUAGCGCUCAUCGAUAAAGAGGUACUGUGGGCUAUUGAAACAGAUACUCUGUAGGAAAUUAAUUAGACAUUUUUGGUCUGUGCUUCAUAGGCCUGUGCCUAAUUCAUAUAUGUACUCGAUGGAAAUAAUUUUUGUCUUAACAUGUAACUGAAUGUUGGUAGUAGUUGUUGCUCCAGUGCAUUGUGACAAAACCAAUGUACACUACAUGACCGAAAGUAUGUGGACACCUGCUCGUCGAACAUCUCAUUCCAAAAUCAUGGGCAUUAAUAUGGAGUUGGUCCCCCUUUGCUGCUAUAACAGUCUCCACUCUUCUGGGAAGGCUUUCCACUAGAUGUUGGAACAUUUCUGCGGGGACUUGCUUCCAUUCAGCCACAAGCAUUAGUGAGGUCGGGCACUGAUGUUGGGCGAUUAGGCCUGGCUCGCAGUCAGCGUUGCAAUUCAUCCCAAAGGUGUUCGAUGGGGUUGAGGUCAGGGCUCUGUGCAGGCCAGUCAAGUUCUUCCACACCGAUCUCGACAAACCAUUUCUGUAUGGACCUCGCUUUGUGCACUAGGGUAAUGUCAUGCUGAAACAGGAAAUGGCCUUCCCCAAACUGUUGCCACAAAGUUGGUAGCACAGAAUCGUCUAGAAUGUCAUUGUAUGCUGUAGCGUUAAGAUUUCCCUUCACUGGAACUAAGGGGCCUAGCCCGAACCAUGAAAAACAGCCCCAGACCAUUAUUCCUCCUCCACCAAACUUUACAGUUGGCACUAUGCAUUGGGGCAGGUAGCGUUUUCCUGGCAUCCGCCUAACCCAGAUUCGUCCGUCGGAUUGCCAAAUGGUGAAGCGUGAUUCAUCACUCCAAAGAACGCGUUUCCACUGCUCCAGAGUCCAAUGGUGGCGAGCUUUACACCACACCAGCCGACGCUUGGCAUUGCGCAUGGUGAUCUUAGGCUUGUGUGCGGCUGCUCGGCCAUGGAAACCCAUUUCAUGAUGCUCCCAACAAACAGUUCUUGUGCUGACGUUGCUUCCAGAGGCAGUUUGGAACUCGGUAUUGAGGAUUGCAACUGAGGACAGACGAUUUGUACGCGCUCUGCGGUCCCAUUCUGUGAGUUUGUGUGGCCUACCACUUCGCGGCCAUUGUUGCUCCUAGACGUUUCCACUUCACAAUAACAGCACUUACAGUUGACCGGGGCAGCUGUUGCAAGGUAGAAAUUUGACGAACUGACUUGUUGGAAAGGUGGCAUCCUAUGACGGUGCCACGUUGAAAGUCACUGAGCUCUUCAGUAAGGCCAUUCUACUGCCAAUGUUUGUCUAUAGAGAUUGCAUGGCUGUGUGCUCAAUUUUUUUAUACACCUGUCAGCAAUGGGUGUGGAUGAAAUAAUAGCCGAAUCCACUAAUUUGAAGGGGUGUCCACAUACUUUUGUAUAUAUAGUGUAUGUAUGGCUCAGUAUGUAUGGCCUCUUUUCAUAGGUGAUCAACCAUGAUACUCGCAGGUUCCGCUUUCGACUUCCCUCAGUAGAACAUAUCCUGGGACUGCCUGUAGGUAAGUCUUCACUUGCACAUUGUUCUUUCUGGGUUUUGUGAAGAGACAGUUUGAUCAUUGAUUAUUAUUUGGUACAAUUCAGUGCCAUUAAUAUAAAUAGUCCUUUAGCUCACCAGCAUAAUAACUACAAUCACAGCGUAAUACUUGAUUCGCGUUCCUGGAAUGCUCUUUACUGUAUGAGUCAUUUAGCAGAACAAUCAGAGGGUGAAGCCACACCCAAUGACCCUAGCAGUAUUUUUAAUCGGUGUUGUCUUUGUGUUUCUAACCACCUUAUUUGUUUUGUCUAGGGAAUCAUGUAUACCUCUCUGCCCGUAUUGACGGCAGCCUGGUAGUCAGACCAUACACACCUGUGUCCAGCGACGACGACAAAGGAUAUGUUGACCUGGUUGUGAAGGUAUGUAUGGCUUGUCAAAGCAAUCCUAUAUCAAAUACUGAAACUGAACACGCUAGUACUAUCAAACCUGGGUCUGUAUGUAUCAAGAGUCUCAGAGUAGUAGUGGUGAUCUAGGAUCAGGUUCCCUUUGUCCAUGUAAUCUUAUUCUUUGUGAUCGAAAAUAAAAACUGAUCCUAAAUCAGCACAUAUUAUGAGAAGCUUGAUACAUACGGACCCUGAUCUGCAAAGCAUAUUUCAUGGAUAACGUUUCUCCCCAGAUCUACUUCAGGAAUGUGCACCUCAAGUUUCCUGACGGGGGGAAGAUGUCCCAGUACCUGGAGAGUUUGCAGCUGGGAGACGUGGUAGACUUCAGAGGACCAGGAGGCCUGCUGGAGUACAAAGGACAUGGUACGACCAGUCUGCUGCCUGGCACACCCUCCCUCUGAUAUUUACAAAUGAUGUGUCCCAAAUGGUACCCUAUUUCCUAUAUAGUGCAAUACUUUUUACCAGGGCCCAUAAGAAUCAGGUGCCAUUUGGGACGCACACAUAGUCUGCAAUGGGAUGGGUGUUUUAGCUUUGUGUACUUAAGUGUGGUGUGGCUGGCUGAGACUGAUCAUGUGUGUACAUACUUGUUUUCAACCUUAAGUCUACUGAAUAAGUAAACAGUACUUGUGUUAUGUGUAAUAUCUGGCUUUCUGCAUCGCAUUUUGCAACUUUCAUGCCCCAAUGGCUCCAGAAAAGCACUACCUAAAGAAUAUAAUUUUACUGUAUUGCCACUCAAAUAUAUUCUCUCAGUAUUAUUAGAUGAUAAUUGAUAAUGGACACACCCAACAACUGUCUUCCAUUUUGGAUAAGAUAACUCUUGUGUCUCAUCGCUUUCUCCCAUUCCAUUCAACAGGGCAGUUUGCAGUUCAGACAGACAAAAAGUAUCCUGCUGAGAUAAAAGUUGCCAGUACUGUGGGUCUGAUAGCUGGAGGAACAGGUGACUCUUCCCUUCCCAACCCUGCCCUCUGAACCUAAACUAUUAAAUGUUGUCUAAGCACAGGUAAAUGUAGAGUAAGCGCUUUUAGUUCCUGGUGCUGAACUCCCUUCCCUGUCUGUAGGCAUCACCCCUAUGCUACAGCUGGUGCGCGCUAUCAUGAAGGACCCCAGUGACAGGACCACCUGCAGCCUGCUGUAUGCCAACCAGGUGUGUGGCUGCCGCCCACACUGGCCUCUCUCCUAAAAUAGACUUUUAAUAUAAUCUCUAUAAAUAAAGGACAGAUAAAUGCUUAAUACUAGCUUCACUGUGGAUGUAGCUCAUAGGUUUGCUUAGGUUGAGAGUUAACACUGAACCAGACACCAUUGUUAACUGUGUGUUGUGUGUGUGUGUGCGUGCGUGCUCAUGGCAGACUGAGAAGGACAUCCUGCUGAGGGAUGAGCUGGAGGAGGUCCAGGCCAGACACCCAGACCGCUUCAAGCUGUGGUUUACAGUGGACAGGGCACCCAAGGGUAUGUGACUUAUGGCUUUUGCUUGCGUUGCUCAAGUGUUGGCAUCCAGAUUUCAGAAGUCUUAACAAAUGUGUAAAUUUGUAUUAUCGUCUUGAAUUAGUUUUCAUUGUGUAUAUUAUGUCACAAUAGCUUUUCAGACUGCUGAAAAGCACAAACUAGCUGUCUCCCUGCACAGACAUGUGCCUUAGAGACUAUUUGCACCAGAGAGACUAAAGUAUAUGCACCUUAUAAAUUAUUUACACUGACUACCCACACAUCCAACCCUUACACACAAACACACACACAAGAACCCAUAAACACACACACAAGCACACACACACACUCAGAACUCAUAUAUAUACUAUUGAUUCCACUAACCACUAUAUUACUAAAUAGUAUAAAUACAGUCAAUUAUUACUAUGCAUACUACCUCUUCUACUACUUGUUAUGUUUGACUUGACUCUUCAUUGUUAUUAUUGGUUAAUGUACUGCAUUGUUGAGGGAGCUAGCACAUAAGCCUUUCGCUGCACCUUUUAUACCUGCUGUAAACUGUGUAUGUGACGAAUACAUUUUAUUUUAUUUGAAUCCUUAUGCAUACCGGUACUUGUUUGUGAUCCCAUGAAAGAUUGAAUAAGAUCCAUUUGUGUGGCUCAGGCUGGGAGUACAGUGAGGGCUUCAUCAACGCGGACAUGAUCCAGGAGCACCUGCCCGCCCCCAGUGACGACACCUUGGUGCUCAUGUGCGGUCCGCCCCCCAUGAUCCAGUUUGCCUGCAACCCAAACCUGGACAAGUUGGGCUACCGGCAGAGUCAGCGCUUUGCCUACUAG